AUCAAAUCAAAAAAACCCUAGAGAGAGAAAGAGAGAGUGACAGGCGUCCCUCCAGAAUAUCGCCCGGCUUCUCUUUCAAAAAGUUUCAAAAAUCCCAUUCAAAAACGCUCCACCAAACAAGAAGAAAGAAGAAGAAGAAGAAGCCUCAUCUCUCUACUUCUAUCCGUUGCUCCAUCUUGAUCUUCUUUCCGUUGAUUUCUUAAUUCUUCAGCCGGCAGUUGAUGGGCCUACAGACUACAGUACAACACUAAAUAGGUCAGUUGACUGUUUCUUAGGAUUCGGUGAGCGAGCGGACAGGGUUGGAUCUCCGGUGUUCCGAUUAAGAUACGAAAGAUGAAUGUCGUCGGAAGGAAGCUUCAGAAAUCCGGUUCGACCGGCCACACUCAUCAGCGCCAGCACUCCUCCGACGGCUAUGUAGAUUCAUCUUUCAACAACAAAUGGCUUCAAUCGGCUGGCCUCCACCAUAUUCAGCCUUCUAACCCUUCGAUCCCUCCUUUGCAGGAUAUAGGGUUGUACGGUAAUAACGGUGCAGGGCCUUAUUCAAGAUAUGCGAGGAACUAUCAGGGAAAUGACUAUGGAGGAGAAAAUGAUUUUUUUGCCGAUCCUUCCAUUCCACCUUUUAGUUCAAGAUCUAACAUGAGGAAGAAUGGUGAAGAUGAUGGUGGUCCUCAUGGAGAUUUCAGCCCUGGAUUGCUCGACCUGCAAUCCUUUGAUACAGAGCUAUUAACCGAUAUUCCCAAACAGUAUAAUGAAUCUUUACAUUACCAGUCUGUCCAUCGUGCAAAUUUUGAAGAUUUUGAUCCAUAUUUCCCAGUUGACAAAAUUUCAAAUGAAACUAAUGUUGUCAACAACUUCUCAAAUGAUAAAGAGAAGCCCACCAAUGUUGCUAAGAUCAAAGUUGUGGUUCGUAAAAGACCAUUGAACAGAAAGGAAAAUUCAAGGAAGGAGGAAGACAUUGUAACCAUACAAUCAAACAGUAAUAGACUCGCUGUGCAUGAAAGUAAACUCAAGGUUGAUUUAACUGAGUAUGUGGAGAAACAUGAAUUUGUUUUCGAUGCUGUGCUCAGUGAGGAUGUUUCAAAUGAAGAAGUCUAUGCAGAAACUGUACAGCCCAUAGUCCCAAUUAUUUUCCAACGAACUAAAGCUACUUGCUUUGCAUAUGGACAAACAGGAAGUGGAAAAACUUAUACCAUGAAGCCACUGCCCCUCAAAGCAUCCCAAGAUAUUUUCAGAUUGAUGCACCAUGAAUACAGAAACCAAGGGUUUCAGUUGUUUGUCAGUUUCUUUGAAAUAUAUGGAGGAAAAUUGUUUGACCUCCUCAAUGACAGGAAGAAGCUUUGCAUGAGGGAAGAUGGAAAACAACAAGUUUGCAUUGUGGGUUUACAAGAAUUUAGAGUAUCUGAUGUAGAAGUAAUCAAGGAGCUGAUCGAGAGAGGAAAUUCCACUAGGAGUACUGGCACAACUGGUGCAAAUGAGGAGUCCUCUCGAUCUCAUGCUAUACUUCAACUUGCCAUCAAGAAACUAGUUGAUGGGAAUGAUGCUAAAAAGCCUCCUCGAAAUAUUGGAAAAUUAUCAUUUAUUGAUCUUGCUGGAAGUGAACGUGGUGCAGACACUACUGAUAAUGAUAAACAAACAAGGAUGGAGGGUGCUGAAAUAAACAAAAGCUUACUUGCUCUGAAAGAAUGCAUUAGAGCUCUGGACAAUGAUCAAGGACAUAUCCCAUUCAGAGGGAGCAAGCUGACUGAGGUUCUUAGAGAUUCAUUUGUUGGCAAUUCUCGCACAGUUAUGAUUUCCUGCAUUUCUCCCAAUGCAGGAUCAUGCGAACACACUUUAAACACCCUUAGAUACGCUGAUAGAGUAAAAAGUCUUUCAAAGGGGAACAACUCCAAAAAGGAUCAAUUGUCUUCAUCAUUAAAUGUUAGAAGUUCUGUGACAUUUCCCUUAUCAUCAUCAGCAGCAGCUUCCCUUCCAGUCUUUGACGACAAUUUAACUGCUGCUCCUUAUGAGAGUACCAGAUUUGGAUGGUCAAAACAAAUUGAGAAGGAACCAUCACCAUCUUUAAACAUAAUAGAGCGUGUUCCUAGUGGAAGGGCACACAGUAAUAAUUCUUCCUACGCAAACAGUUACAAGGAUCGAAGAAGCGAUCAAGUGGAAACAACUGAAGAUGAAUUUUACUACUCAGAGGCAAUGUAUGAGAAUGUAAUUCCACCUUUUAUGACUGGGAAGUCCGAGCUGCUGAAGGUUGAUGAUGAUCUUGAUGCCCUGUUGAAGGAAGAAGAAGAGCUGGUAUCUGCUCAUAGGAAACACAUUGAGGAGACAAUGGAUAUCGUUAAGGAGGAGAUGAACCUUUUGGUUGAAGUUGAGCAACCAGGCAAUCAGUUGGAUGAUUAUGUGUCUCAAUUAGAUGAAAUUCUAUCUCAGAAGGCAGCAGUUAUCUUACAACUGCAAACUCGUUUAUCUCAGUUUCAGCGACGUUUGAAAGAGUACAACGUUUUGAUGUCUUCGUCGGGUCAGUGAUUUUCUUCAAGUCUCUCUUGAUGUUGUAUCCUGUUUUGACUAUGUGAAAUUUGCUUUUUCAAAUAUAUUGUGGUGGCAGUACUAUUGAGUUCAAUCUUAUGGAUCCAAUGUAAUCUCUCAAUUCUGACUCUAUUAAGAUUCAGUUGUCUCUGGUCAUUGAACAAAUAAUCUAUAUAAUUGUUUGUUGGGGGUGUUAUUUAAAGAUGACCAAAUUGUUUCAACAUUUGAAUGUGAAGUUAUUUU